AUCACCACAAAUUUUGACAAGAUGAGCCCCAAGAAUCUUGUCUUCAUGGCAGUAAUGGUGGUUUGUUGUUACCGUUAUGUGGCGGCAGACCGGAGCCGUCACCGGAAAAAUACGUAUAUCGUUCACAUGGACAAGUCCGUCAUGCCGUUACCCUUUUCCGACCACUUGCAAUGGUAUGAAACGUCUGUAAGAUCAGUGUCAAAGUCCAUGGAGAUGUUGUAUGCCUACAACAAGGUCAUCCAUGGCUUCUCCACAAGGCUCACAAUCGAAGAAGCAAACUUACUUGAACAACAGCACGGGAUUUUGUCCGUUCAACAAGAGGUCGUAUACGAGCUUCACACGACUCGAUCACCCGAGUUUCUCGGACUAGAACGGAACGAUGUGGAUGGUUUGGGUUCGAGGUCGGGUAGCGAUGUGAUUGUCGGGUUGGUAGACACGGGUGUGUGGCCGGGGAGUAAGAGCUUAGACGAUACGGGGUUUGGCCCAAUCCCCAUUCGGUGGAAAGGCGAGUGCGAGAGCGGUACGGGAUUCAGCACGUCGAGUUGUAAUCGGAAACUAAUCGGUGCGAGAUACUUGUUGAAAGCAUAUGAAGCGAUCUAUGGCCCGAUUGACGAAAAAGUGGAAUCGAGGUCUCCGAUGGAUGAUGAUGGACAUGGAACACAUACUGCGAGCACAGCAGCUGGUUCGUCCGUAAACCGGGCUAGCCUCUUUGGUUUUGCAAACGGAACGGCACGUGGGAUGGCUCCUCGAGCCAGGUUAGCAAUUUAUAAAGCGUGCUGGCUCGGGGGAUGUUUUGGCAGCGACAUACUAGCGGCCAUGGACGCCGCGAUAGCAGACGGUAUCGAUGUGUUAUCAUUGUCGAUUGGAGGCUCGCUCUCUGAAUACACCCAUGAUGUCAUUGCUUACGGAGCGUUCAAGGCAGCAUCCAACGGAAUAUUCGUAGCCUGCUCAGCUGGCAACGGCGGACCCUCCCCUCUAAGCUUAUCGAACGUCGCCCCAUGGAUCACUACGGUUGGAGCGGGAACUCUGGAUCGAGAUUUUCCGGCUUAUGUUACUCUCGGGAAUGGAAAGAAAUUCUCAGGAGCCUCACUUUACAGUGGGAAACCAUCAUCAGAUGCCAUGGUGCCACUAGUAUUUGCUGGUAAAAUCAGUAACACAACAUCCGGUAAUCUAUGUCUACCGGGUUCGUUGCCACCACGAAGCGUUGCCGGAAAAAUUGUGAUGUGCGAACGCGGGAUGAAUUCUAGGGUGCAGAAGGGAAUCGUGGUGAAGGCAGCCGGUGGUGCCGGAAUGAUCUUAGCUAACACUGAGACAUUCGGAGAGGAAUUGGUGGCCGACACACAUCUCAUAUUAAGUGUAGCCAUCGGUCACCGAGCUGGUGAUGUAAUAAAGAGCUAUAUAGUCUCGGAUCAUAAUCCAACAGCUGAAAUUACGCCAGGAGGAACCCAAUUAGGCAUCGAACCGUCGCCAGUAGUGGCAGCAUUCAGUUCCAGGGGUCCAAAUCCCAUCACACCUGAAAUACUCAAACCUGAUUUCAUAGCACCAGGUGUGAAUAUUAUAGCCGGUUGGACCAAUAAAAUAGGUCCAACCGGCCUGAAAGAAGAUCCUCGGCGUGUGGACUUCAACAUCCUGUCUGGAACCUCGAUGUCGUGCCCACACGUAAGCGGGCUAGCCGCACUACUCAAGGCAGCUCACCCAGAAUGGAGUCCAGCAGCUAUAAGAUCAGCACUUAUGACAACGGCAUAUCGCACAUACAAAAACGGUGACGGGCUGCAGGAUGUUGCGACAGGAAUGCCGUCAACCCCCUUUGAUCACGGUGCAGGACACGUGGACCCAGUUUCGGCCCUUGAUCCCGGUCUUGUCUAUGAUGCCUCUGCUGACGACUACCUUGGCUUCCUUUGUGCUUUGAAUUACAGUUCUACUUCUAUUAGGAUGUUUGCAGAUAAAAACUUCAAAUGUAGCAACGGAAAGAAAUACAGGGUUGAAGAUCUUAAUUACCCGUCAUUUGCAGUUCCGUUGCUGACGGCUUCAGGGGAAGGCGGUGGAAGCAAUGCACCAACCAUUGUUAAGUACACAAGAAUUCUGACCAACGUGGGCACUCCAACAACGUACACGGUUUCAAUAUCGUCAACAAUACGAGCUGUGAAGAUCACGGUCGAGCCAGAAACAUUAACCUUUAUCAAACAAAACGAGAAGAAGGCGUAUACGGUGACAUUCACAGCUGGUUCGAUGCAGUCGGGGACUACCAGCUUUGCUAGUCUAACGUGGGCUGGUGGAAAAUAUGUUGUAAACAGUCCGAUUGCUUUUAGUUGGGUAUGAUUAUUGUAAAGAAUGUUGUAAUAUUGCUGUAGAUCAACCAAUGUAAAUUCCUUGGAGAACCUACAAAGUUCCUCAUAUCAUUGCAUAAAUGUGUAACUUUUUCUUACUUGAUAUAAAAGUAAAGGCAUAUUCUAAA